CCUCAAAAUGUCUGCAGUCCAGCCUGUCGCAGUCUACGCCCUUCGGGUUCCUGCCGGCGCUAUGGUUCCCGCCGUGCCCAAUGCCGCCGCUUCGUUCCGCGUGAGCAUGGCUGCCAUCGACCCUGAUGAGACCCCCGAGUUCGAGGAUGGCGACUCUAGCAAGCCCGCCCGCGCUACUCUGAAGAUUGUUCGCGCUCCUCCCGGUCUCGACAUGGGUGAUGAUGAGUCCGAUGAUGAGGACUACAGCGAUGUUGAGGAAGACGAUGAGGAAGACUCCGAUGACGAGGAGGUCAACGGAGGUCCCAGCGACAAGGAGAAGGCCCGCAAGCUUAAGCAGCUCGCUGCCCAGAAGGAGCUCCUAGAGGCCAUGGAGGAGGAUGAAGAGUCUGAUGACGAGGAAGAUAGCGAGUUCGACCUCAAGGCCGCCAUCUCCAAGCUUAUCAAGGGCAAGGGCCCCGCUACCGACGGCGAGUCUGACGAUGAGUCCGAGGAGGGCCUCGACCUCGACGAGAGCGUUAUCUGCACACUGAACGCUGAGCAGAACUUCCAGCAGCCCCUGGACAUCACUGUCUGCGAGGGCGAGACCGUCUUCUUCAAGUCUACCGGUAACUACACCAUCUACCUCACCGGUAACUACGUCAUUGGCCUCGAUGAGGCUCACGACCACGAUCACGACGACGAGGAUGAUGAAGAUGAGUACGACCUGUCCCCUGAUGAGGAUGAGCUCGACCUGGACGAGAUCAUGGCCAUGGAGGAUGACGAGAGCGAUGACCUUGACGGCAUGGAAGACCCCCGCAUCACCGAGGUCGAGAGCGAGGAGGAGGAGGCUCCCAAGCUAGUCGAGGCCAAGAAGGGCAAGAACAAGCGCGCCGCUGAGGAGGAGAGCCUCGACGACAUGAUGGCCAAGGGUGCCAAGAAGGCUGAGAAGGCCGAGCCCACCCUCACCAAGGCCCAGCAGAAGAAGUUGAAGAAGAACAACGGCGACGCUGCGGCUGUUGAGGCCAAGAAGGAGGAGCCCAAGAAGGAGGAGCCCAAGAAGGAGACCAAGGCCGACAAGAAGGUUCAGUUUGCCAAGAACCUCGAGCAGGGCCCUACUCCCUCCGGCGACAAGCCCACCGGCACCCUCGGUGUCAAGGAGGUCCGUGGUGUUAAGAUCGAUGACAAGAAGCUUGGCAAGGGUGCCACUGCCCGCAGUGGUAACACUGUUGCCAUGCGCUACAUCGGCAAGCUCGAGGACGGCAAGGUCUUUGACUCCAACAAGAAAGGCAAGCCUUUCUCCUUCAAGCUUGGCAAGGGUGAGGUCAUCAAGGGCUGGGACAUCGGUAUUGCCGGUAUGGCCCCCGGUGGUGAGCGUCGCAUCACCAUUCCUGCCAAUCUCGCCUACGGCAAGAAGGCCCUUCCCGGCAUCCCCGCCAACUCCAAGCUGAUCUUCGACGUCAAGCUGCUGGAGAUCAAGUAA